AUGCAAAUUAUUUUGAAGACAUCAACGAGUGUGAUGCUGGAACUCCAUGCCUGCACGGUGGUUCCUGCAACAACGUACCUGGUAGCUACUACUGCCUGUGUCCCGCUGAAUAUACCGGAACCAACUGCCAAACAGAGAGAACUCUUCGCCACAGAUGUUGAUGAAUGUUUAAAGACGCCCUGCGUGCAUGACAGUUCGUGCCAGAAUAGAGACGGUGGAUACGAUUGCGUUUGUCCCAGUGGCUUCAUUGGAAAGAAUUGCGAAACAGACAUCGACGAAUGUCUUGCAAAUCCGUGUGUCCAUUCCGAUUUGUGUUCCAACACAGAGGGCAGUUACAUUUGCAACUGCACCAGUGGUUACACAGGAAAAAAUUGCAACAUAGACAUCGACGAAUGCGCCGACACAAGUCUCUGCAAGAAUGGGGCAAAGUGUUUUAACAUCGAUGGCAGUUUCUUCUGCCAGUGCGAAGUUGGCUUCGAAGGAACUUUGUGUUCGGAGGACGUGAAUGAAUGUGAGCUCAGUACAAUAUGUCUUCACAACGGACUGUGUCACAAUACAUACGGUAGUUAUUAUUGCGAAUGCGACGGCAGAUUCAAGGGAUCCAAUUGUCAAACUGACGUCGAUGAAUGUGCGGCCACUCCAGACCUCUGCAAAAAUGAAGCUCCUUGUCAUAAUACAGAAGGCAAUGUGAACGAGUGUGACGACACGCCAUGCCUCCACGCUGGGUUGUGCAAUAAUACAUUCGGUAGUUACAGUUGCGAUUGUACUGCUUUCUACACUGGAAACAAUUGCCAGACUGACGUUGACGAAUGUACAACCAGCAGACCGUGCGUUCAUGCCACAUCUUGUCAGAAUAUUGACGGUGGUUAUAUUUGCCACUGCAGUCAGGGUUUUGAGGGAAUCGAUUGUGAUAAAGAUGUAGACGAGUGUAAAGACAUGACAUUUUGUAAGAACGGAGGUUCGUGCACAAAUAUUGACGGUGGUUUCAUCUGUCACUACGUCGAUGAAUGUCAAAUUGGUGACCCUUGUAAUGGCAGAGGGUCAUGUCUGAAUAAAUAUGGCGGCUACCUGUGCAACUGUGAAAGUGGCUUCACCGGAAAGAACUGCGAAUCGGACAUUAACGAAUGUUUGACCGGCUCGCCCUGUUUUGAGGGAGGAACCUGUGAAAAUACAAUUGGCAGCUACAGGUGUAAAUGUGCCAGUGGUUUCUCCGGUGAAAACUGCAAAUCUGACGUUAACGAAUGCGAUACUAUUGCUGGCCUGUGUAAGAAUGGAGCGUCGUGUGCCAACACAGUUGGGAGUUUCAGCUGUCAGUGUAAUGUUGGUUUCCAGGGUGAUACGUGUGCUUCAGAUGUUGAUGAAUGCAUGCUGUCAGCUCCAUGCUUACACGCUGUCUUUUGUGAGAAUACUAAUGGUUCGUACGUUUGUCACUGCACGACGGGCUUCACGGGCUUCAACUGUGAAAUAGAUAUGGACGAGUGUGUCGACGACGAUCUGUGCAAAAAUGGUGCAAAUUGCACAAACACAUACGGCAGUUUCACGUGCCAAUGCGCUGCUGGCUUCGAAGGACCAACAUAUAUCGACGAGUGUGUGAUAGCUCCCCCGUGCAAUGGUAGAGGGUCAUGUCAGAACACUGAUGGCGGUUACAUAUGCCACUGUAACAGUGCAUAUGAGGGAAAGAACUGUGAAAUAGAUGUAAAUGAAUGUGCGGACAUCAGUUUGUGUAAAAAUGGAGCGUUGUGUAUCAAUACAGUGGGCAGUUACAACUGUCAGUGUUCUCCUGGAUUUAAAGGACCGAAUUGUGCCACAGACAUCGACGAAUGCAUUAGUUUUCCAUGUAACAAUGGAGGCUUGUGCCAAAAUACGAACGGAAGUUACGUUUGCCACUGCACAGCUGGUUUCACUGGAGACAAUUGUAAUUCAGAUAUAAACGAGUGUGCUGACAAUCCAUGCCAACACGGAGGUACGUGUUCCAACUCAUUUGGAAGUUUUUCUUGCUCGUGCACAAGCAGUUUCACUGGUCCUACUUGUGCAUCAGAUGUAAAUGAAUGCCUUCUUGGAAACAAUCCCUGCUUGCACGGAGGGACAUGUCAGAAUUCAUUUGGUAGCUUUGAGUGUCAGUGUCCUAGUGGCUACACAGGAGCCAAGUGCGAAUCCGAUAUAGACGAAUGUUUGGUCGGCAAUGCAUGUCAGCAUGGAGGAACAUGCGUCAACUCGUUUGGUAGUUACACGUGCACAUGCACCAAAGGUUUCACUGGGCCUACUUGCGCCACAGACGAGAAUGAAUGCAACCAGGGCACGCCUUGCCUGCAUGGCGGUACAUGUUACAACACGUUCGGUAGUUUCACGUGCCAGUGUUCCGCCGGCUAUACUGGAACGGUUUGUGAUUCAGAUGUUGACGAAUGCAUGGUUAGCACACCAUGCCAGCAUGGAGGCACAUGCCAAAACUCAUUUGGAAAUUAUUCGUGUCAAUGUACGGCUGGUUACACUGGGCCCGUCUGUCAGACAGACGUCAACGAAUGCGUGCAAGGAACUCCAUGCCAGCACAAUGGAACCUGCCAGAACACAGUUGGUAAUUACACGUGCCAAUGUCCAAGUACUUACACCGGGCCAAACUGUCAGAUAGAUGUCAACGAAUGUCAAACUGACUCUCCUUGCAAAAACGGGGCAACCUGCUUAAACAAUGACGGCGGUUACACGUGCACAUGUACAGCUGGGUUCACUGGCCUUACAUGUCAAACAGACAUCAACGAGUGCAGGGCUGGAACUCCUUGUAAAAAUGGCGCUACUUGCGUAAAUACGGUUGGAAGUUAUGCGUGCCAGUGUAGGAGUGGCUUCUCUGGACCAACCUGCCAAUCAGAAUCCAAUAAUAAUGGUUAG